GAGUCUAUUUAAAGGCUAGAGUAUACAAAUGAGUUUUAAGAUGCUUCUACUGAGGUAGCAUCUCUAACUGUUACCGGUAGAACAUUCCAGAGUACUGGAGCCCCAAUAGAAAACGCUCUAUAGUCCGCAGACUUUGGAAAACACUAGAGUCAUGAGUAAAACAACCUGGCGCUGACACAUUUCUGAUGAGAAGAUAAAAGGUCAAAUGACAAUCUGGUGAUGACAUCAUCAAGGUGACGCCUGAAUCCUCAAUCAGUGCUUGGUGCAGGGCUCCUUCUCGUUAAUGUUUACCUUGCAUUCUGACAUCAUUAGCGAUCAAAGGUCAGACUUAGGGACAAAGAACGAAAGCCAGCAAUACUGGAAGAGAAAACUUCCAUCAUGGAUACCAUCAAGAUUGGAGUUGGCCUGGUGGGGUUCGGUUUCUUUUUUUUGCUAUUUGGUGUGUUGCUGUACUUUGACUCAGUCUUACUGGCCUUUGGGAAUAUUUUGUUUUUGACAGGUUUAACGUUCAUCAUUGGCCUCAGGAGGACCGCUCACUUCUUUUUCCAAAGACAGAAGUUUAAAGGCUCUUUCUUCUUCCUGGGAGGCGUGUCGCUGGUGCUCCUCCGCUGGCCAAUCAUCGGCAUGCUGGUCGAGACUUACGGCUUCAUCCUUUUAUUCAGGUCUUUCUUUCCAAUGGCCGCGGGGUUUGUCUUGUCGGCUGUGAACAUCCCGUUCCUCAACCAGUUCAUGCAGAGUAACACCAACAUGGUGUAAGAGGCCAUUCGGUCACUGGGGAGGGGGGGGGGAAUUUAACAAGCCUCUGUAACAGUUUUUCAGAGACAGUUCUAGAGAGGACUCAAAUUGACUAUAGGUUGUAAAAUGAGUGCAUUUUUUUAAUAUAUAUAUAUAUAUAUAUAUAUAUAUAUAUUUUUUUUUUUUGGAGAUG